AUGUCCCGCAUCAACUCCCGGACCACGGCGAGGCUCCCCCGCCGCGAAGGUGUUCUGCGCAAAGAGCCAUGGCUGCUGCUGGCAGGUGAACAAAGUGGGCUGCAGCAGCCGGGAGGUGCACACCCUUGCAAGCUCUUGGCCAAAAAGGAAUCAUUUGUGUUAUUGUUAUAUGAUGUGUAUGUUUUGGUUCUCCAGGCAACAGAAUGGGGGUCAGAUGAAGACACAAGGAGAUCUUGUCAGAGUAAAGGAAAAACUGAGGAGGAAUGCCAGAACUAUGUCCGUGUCCUGAUUGUUUAUGGCAAGAAGGUUUUCACCUGUGGUACGAAUGCCUUUUCACCCGUGUGCUCCAGUAGACAGGUAGGAAAUCUUAGCAAAAUAAUUGAGAAAAUAAACGGGGUCGCUCGCUGCCCCUAUGACCCUCGGCACAAUUCAACAGCCGUGAUCACAUCACAGGGAGAGCUAUAUGCUGCAACUGUCAUUGAUUUCUCUGGACGGGAUCCUGCUAUUUACCGCAGUCUUGGAAAUGUCCCACCUCUUAGAACAGCACAAUACAACUCCAAGUGGCUCAAUGAGCCCAAUUUCAUCGCCGCCUAUGACAUUGGCUUGUUCACUUACUUCUUUUUCCGUGAGAAUGCUGUUGAGCACGACUGUGGGAAAACGGUCUAUUCUCGUGUGGCGAGGGUUUGCAAAAAUGACAUUGGGGGAAGAUUUUUGUUGGAGGACACGUGGACGACGUUCAUGAAGGCUCGCCUGAAUUGCUCGCGCUCUGGGGAAAUCCCUUUCUACUACAACGAACUGCAGAGCACUUUUUAUCUUCCUGAGCAAGAUUUGAUCUAUGGAGUGUUCACCACCAACGUAAACAGUAUUGCUGCUUCAGCAGUAUGUGCCUUCAAUCUCAGUGCCAUUACACAGGCUUUUAAUGGGCCUUUCCGAUACCAAGAAAAUCCAAGAUCUGCAUGGCUGCCAACUAUCAACCCCAUCUCCAAUUUUCAGUGUGGAACAAUGAAUGAUGACGGCCCCAAUGAAAACUUGACAGAAAGGGUCCUCCAGGAUGCCCAGCGCUUGUUCCUGAUGAAUGAUGUGGUGCAGCCUGUCUCUGUGGAUCCAUAUGUCACUCAGGACAACAUCCGUUUUUCUAAGCUCGUGGUUGACAUUGUUCAGGGCAAGGAUGUCCUUUACCAUGUGAUGUACAUUGGGACAGAGCAUGGCACCAUUUUGAAGGCGCUUUCCACCACUAAUAAGAGCCUGCGGAGCUGUUAUUUAGAGGAAAUGCAGAUUCUUCCCGCCAGCCAAAAGGAGCCAAUCCAGAGCCUCCAAAUUCUGCACAGUGACAGAUCGCUGUUUGUGGGUUUGAAUAAUGGAGUGCUAAAAAUUCCUCUGGAGAGGUGUUCAAUGUACAGAACAGAAGGUGCGUGCCUGGGUGCGAGGGACCCAUAUUGUGGCUGGGAUAAGAAGCAGAAGCGAUGUACAACCAUUGAGGACAGCUCCAACAUGAGCCUGUGGACUCAGAAUAUUACCGAAUGUCCGGUGAAAAAUCUGAUGAUGGAUGGGCGUUUGGGGGCCUGGUCCCCAUGGCAACCGUGCGAGCACUCCGAUGGAGAUAGCACAGGCUCCUGCAUGUGCAGAUCACGGUCAUGUGACAACCCUCGGCCUCGCUGUGGUGGACGUGACUGCGAGCAAGGCAGAAUAGAGAUUGCAAAUUGCUCAAGGAAUGGAGCUUGGACACCAUGGUCGUCCUGGGCCCCCUGCAGCACUUCCUGUGGGAUUGGCUUUCAGGUCCGUCAGAGGUCGUGCAGCAACCCUGCUCCGCGAUACGGAGGCAGGGUCUGUGUCGGACAAAGCAGAGAGGAGCGGUUCUGCAAUGAGAAUAGUCCUUGCCCAUUACCGAUUUUCUGGUCUUCAUGGGGCCCCUGGACUAAAUGUAGUGCCAAUUGUGGUGGAGGGGUGCACUCAAGGCUGAGGUCAUGUGAAAAUGGAAACACCUGUCCUGGCUGUCCUGUGGAAUAUAAAACCUGCAGUCCAGAAGCCUGCCCGGAGGUACGGAGAAAUACACCCUGGACGCCGUGGAUGCCCACCAAUAUCACUCAGAGUGGUGCCCGCCAGGAGCAACGCUUCCGCUACACCUGCCGGGCUCACCUUCCUGACCCCCAUGACCUCCAGUUUGGUCGAAAGAAGACAGAAAGUCGGUUCUGCCCAAACGACGGUUCAGCGGUUUGCGACACCGAUUCUCUAGUUGACGACCUUCUGAAAAGUGGCAAGACCUCUAUCCGGAUUAUCAAUGGUGGCUGGUCCUUUUGGGGAGGUUGGUCUUCGUGUUCCCGAGACUGUGAGCUGGGUUUCAGAACCCGGAAGAGGACAUGCACUAACCCAGAACCUAAAAAUGGUGGUCUACCUUGCAUAGGAUCAGCAAUGGAAUAUCAGGAUUGCAACCCACACCCAUGUCCAGUGAAAGGAUCCUGGUCCUGCUGGACUCCUUGGUCCCAGUGCUCAGCAACUUGUGGUGGUGGACACUACCAGCGCACCCGAACCUGCACCAACCCAGCACCUUCUAAUGGCGAGGACAUCUGCAUUGGGCUGCACACAGAGGAAGCACUGUGCAAUACCCAUUUGUGUGAAGGAGGAUGGUCCGAAUGGUCUGAAUGGAGCUUGUGUAAUGAAGAUGGGAUCCAGUACCGUAGUCGUUACUGUGAAAUCCACAGUCCAGGAUCCUCUCAAUGUUUCGGGAACAGCACACAAUACCAAGAUUGUCUGUACAAUGAAAUCCCCGUGAUCCUGCCAGCCUCAAGCAUUGAUGAGAGCACGAACUGUGGAGGUUUCAGCCUUAUCCAUCUAAUUGCCACGGGGGUCUCCUGUUUCUUUGGCUCUAGCCUUUUAACUUUUGUGAUCUACGUUUACUGCCAGCGCUGCCAGAGGCAAUCCCAGGAGUCUACUGUUAUUCACCCCACCACUCCCAACCAUCUCCAUUACAAAGGCAACACAACACCCAAGAAUGAGAAAUACACACCUAUGGAAUUCAAGACACUGAACAAGAACAAUUUGAUACCAGAUGACAGGACCAACUUCUACCCUUUGCAGCAGACAAAUGUGUACACAACAACCUAUUACCCCAGUACGCUGAAUAAAUAUGACUACAGGCCUGAGGCCUCCCCGGGAAGGACCUUUACUAACAGCUGA